AUGGUGCAAGUUGCCGACGUGGUCGACGAUACCCUCAUAUCCAACCUCGCGGCUCGUCUCCAGCAACUGGUGGACGAGGUAGAGCGAGCCUUCACCACCGGAUCUCGAAAUGUUCGCACAGUCCUCCGGCGCCAGCAUAUCAACACCGCUCAUCCAACUUCUGCUCGGCCGCUAUGCAGACUUCUUGGCGAAGAUCAACUGAUGAAAUCCCUCCGACUAUUGUCAUUGAAACUAGCUCUGUUCACCCUUGCCCGGGUUUAUGACGAAUGCCACGUUGCUCUGUGUCGGGCGAUGGCGGCAGCCCGGAAAGGUGAUAUUCUGUAUGAGGGCUUCAAUCGCAAUCCGUGCGUUGAUCUCCGACUGCUAGCCGAUCAGAUUGGUCUGCAUAAGGAGAUUGUUGAAGACCAAAUAAUGCUCGAAACAACUUAUGACGACGUGGCGCCAUUGCGGGCCAUAUGGAAGCCUGUCCUGCCUAUGUCCUUUGACAAUCUGUCACAACUUCAUUCUCUUUCUGAUCUUCUGCCUGGUGAGCAGCGACCCAGCCAUGAGUACGCGGGGAUCGGCGGAGGUGGGGGGUCCGAUGUCAUCAGUGCGAGUUUGCUGGGUCACUUGUUGCGACAAGUUAAGAAGCAAAUGGACCUCUUGAUCUCUACACGAACCUGGGCAACAGGAUCCCAGGGGAAAAAGGGGUCCAAGCUUGGGGUCAAGCGUGAGGUAUACAACCAUGGUGGAGCAGUGGAAGUGCACGGGCGCCCUGUUGCUGGAACCUUUCGGGUGAAAAAUGACACUACCGCUGAGGGCCGCGAUCUUGAAGCAAUUCCACUCCCGUAUCAUUCCCAGAUAUUUAUGGUACUCGACCAGGGCGAGUCGAAAUCGCAGAUCUCGGAGGACGACAAAGCCGAUCUUACAGAUCAAUUCCAUGCCGUGUUGGAUCAGGCUAACCCCUCAAUAGAGACUGUUCUCAUAGUGGACACAGGCGGGGAUGUCUUUGGUGCCGAUUCCAACGGGGCUGCGACGCCGGACCAAGACUAUCGGGUUCAGAAAGCGAUCACCCCCCUUUCAUGCCAUUACAAUCUCGUGACGGUUGUGGUGGCUCCAGGUGUUGAUGCUCCAAAUGAUGCACCGCAAAAGGCCUCGAAAGCAGGCGGCAUGGUCUAUAAGCCCACGAAAGAAGAGAAAGCGAUGCUUCUUGAUUUGCUCGCAAGUAAAUAUAGAAUGGACGGUUCAGACCCCAACAGAUUCGGCAAGACAACACUGGCUUUGCAGGCCCGACUACGGGGAGUGGUUGGGUGGACUUCGUUGGAUCUUCCGCCUUAUGUCAUUGACACGUGGGAGAACCCCUGGAACAGCUUUGUGUACAUCCGGGAGUGCAUGAGCGAUAUCAUCUUCAUGCCAACACCAAAGCUGCUGCCACUGAUUGAGCCGGCGAGGGGUAAAGGAAGCCUAUAA